CCUCUGCGCGUCCCCGUGCAGCAGGGCUCGAGCCGUUAACGGAGCGGUGGAUCACCGACGUGUGAUCACACAUUUCUCUCGACCAAAAUAUCCAUCAAAGCCCACAAUCAGUUUAACGACAGUUCCGCGACACCAGGAUUAUGACAGCGCCCGCGGAUUCGUAAGGAGAGCGUUGUCGCUGGCUGAAGGUGUUGAGAGCACAGUUUGUAAACUGUGUGGGUGUGAAAGUCAGCCUAAAGUUUGUGUGUGUGAUGGAUGGUUUUCCUGUUCAUUGAUGCUGCAGCACUGCUCUGCAGUCAUGUCUGCAUGCAACACCUUCACUGAGCACGUUUGGAAACCAGGGGAGUGCACAAACUGCUUUAAGCCCAAGAGCCUUCACCGGCCUCUAGAGCAAGCCAAUGAAAUCAAAACGAACGCUAAUGCCAAACUUGCCAACAUCAGCCAGAGGAGCAUCUCCUCGUCACGUGCAGGCCAGGUCCGCCCACCUGUCGCCAAAAAACCUACCAUUGCGGUGAAACCCACCAUGAUGCUGCCAUGCUCCCCACCAGGACUGGACUCUGAGGGAAAUGUGGCCAGGCUUGUGGAGGGAGGGCAGGUCAGUAAGACCUCACCUUUCACUGUCUGGAAUCACAACAGCCUGAAUAGCACAGGACCUGUAGGAACAAACAACAAUCAAGGAGAGGAUUUAGUUGGGCAGACAGAGGCAUAUAGUGCUGUCCCUUCACAGCCAGCUAGCAGCAACAGCAGCGGACUUACGGAUGUGCUGAAAGAGAUUGCUGGUCUGGGAUCUUCUCCAAGCUCCAGCAGAGAUGACUUCUGUGGUCGGAUCUGUAGUUCGUAUCGGCGCUCGUUAGAGAGGGGCCUUCCAGCUUCAAGUUGUUUCCAUGCUGGGAGUGGUGGCCGAGGAGCUAUGAAACGUGUUUCCCUCAGUGACAGUGCAGAGAUUAUCAGCUCAGAGGGAGGACGUUUCUGUUAUCCAGAGUUCUCCAGUGAUGGUGAUGAUGAUGAUGAGGACAAUGAGAGUGGUGAUGAGGAUGAUGAUGAAGAGCAUGACAGUUGGGAUGAAAGUGAUGAAGAGUUGUUAGCGAUGGGGAUCCGAAUGCGAGGUCAGCCUCGUUUUGCACAUUUCCGUGCAGCCACGCUGUCCCCAGUUCCCUUCGCUGUAGGGAAGAAAUGGAAUACAGUACCUCUACGUAAUCGCUCGCUGCAGAGAUUCUGUGCAGUGGAUUACGAUGACAGUUAUGAUGAGAUUCUCAAUGGAUACCCAUCUGUGGACUCAAAUGGAGCUCCUGCUCUUCUCUCAUACAGCUCUGAACACCAAGGCAGUGGCUUUCUGUCCACCUCCGAGUCCACCACUUCACCUGAGUCCUUGACUUCUCUGCCCGAAGAAUCCUGCACAGGCAGUAGUAGGUGCACUGGUGACAAGAGAAAUGGUCUUCCAUUGUCACCUGGCAAAGAACAUUCUGCCAGAGGACUGAGCACACCAAAAUCCAAUGAAACACACAAAGCUGUUCUAGCCAUCCGACUGGAAGAACAAGAAGACAGUCAAAGAGAGGGUGGGGCUCUCCCACAGGCCCUUCCUGGCCAGCCAAUCACCAUCAGCUUCAGCCCAACUGAGGAACAGGCCAAGCCCUAUCGAGUGGUGAAUCUUGAGAAGGCUCCAAUCUGUAAGCCUUACACCGUGGUAGAUGUGUCUGCCUCUAUGGCCACAAAAGACAAUCACACUCACUCUAAUGAAAGCACUCCAAAGCCAGGCUGCUCCAGUGUUGCAUUCAGCCCCUCCACCGACCCCAGUCCUGUCUCACCCACCUCCCCUCAGUCCCCCAGAUCUACCGUAUCACCUGUGGCAUCUCCAUCCCUUUCACUGUCUCCAUUAAUGCCUCAAUCUCUUGCAGUUUCUGCCUCUGCAAGACCUAGUGCUUCUCGCACAAAACCUGGCAGUAUCCGUUACCAAGAGGUGUGGACGUCUUGCACCAGCCCACGACAGAAGAUCCCUAAAGUUGAUUUAACAAGUGGCAUUGCCGCUCCAAGACUCAUCAACCACAAAUCAGCCCCCACUUCUCCGACUGCAGGCUUCGGCUCUGCACGAACAGUCCCAACAAAAUCCCCAAACUUAUCUGAGAUCAAAUUCAACAGCUACAACAAUGCCGGCAUGCCCCCAUUUCCCAUCAUUAUCCGAGAUGAGCCUGCAUAUGCACGCAGCUCCAAGAAAGCAGUGAAGGUUCCCAUCGUAAUAAAUCCCAGUGCUUACGAUAACCUGGCUGUGUAUAAGAGUUUCCUGGGGCUCAACGGUGAGCUGCCCCAUUCCAAGCCUGGGUCAGGAGAGCGAGUGGCCAGCCACACAUAUGAGGAGAUUGCAUCCUCUGAGAGUGCACAGCCCUCUCCUACUGAGCAGACACCUCAGCUGAAGCACUCACCAGACACAACUGCUAACAGGGAACUGAGGACAACCCCAGCAUUAGCACAGACCGUGAACGAUGGUAAAGCCAGAACCACAACAGGUCUCUUUGCCUUUCCUGCUUGUAACCUGAGCCCCUGCCCUACCUCUGCUGUUUUGACCCACAGAAGUCUGGAUCACAAUUGUAAUCCAAGUGGUGAGCAGCCACCAGAGGGCAGCAGAGAGGGCCAGGUCACAUCCAGCAGAGGUUCAGGUCAGAGAGAGAAAGCAAGUGCAGUUCUGUCUCAGAUUGUGUCCUCAAUUCAACCACCGCCAUCUCCUCCAGACUCCCCUGCAGGAAAAAGUAAGACCUGCAGCAUAGAGGAGCUUUACUCGCUUCCACCAGAUGCCUCCAGAGACACUCUUAGCAGACCCAAAUCACUUCACUGCUCUGCAGAACCUCACAAAGAGACGCGAUCCAAACUCUUGCCCAAAUCCCAGAGUGCCUCUGCUGCUGUCCCCCCCACUAGCCCCAGAUCUGAACCUAGUGCCCCGUUCCCCCCAGUCCGGUCCAGCUCCUCUCCUUACCACUCAAGCAACCUGCUCCAGAGACACUUUAGCAACUGGACCAAACCAGCUGGGGCCAAGCCUAGUGAUGGUGAGACCAGCCCAGGUGCAGAGGGCAGACGUUCAGCUGAUGCCAACAAGCCUAAGCGCUGGAUUUCCUUCAAGAGCUUCUUCCGCCGGCGGAAGGAUGAGGAUGAACAGAAGGAGAAAAUGGAGCGAGAGAAGGAAAAAGGGAAGCUGCUGGGAUUAGAUGGUACGGUCAUCACCGUAUUGCCCCCUCCACCUGUACAGAGACAGCACUGGUUUGCUGAGUCCAAGACAGAUGAUCCUCACCAGAAACCUACGAUCAUAUUUACUUAUAAAUCAGAGAGCAUCACGGGUGGAGAAGAGGCAGAACUUCGGGUUGAGGAGCACCAAGAGACCUCAAAUGUUACAGGGGAAGGCGGAGCUUCCAGCCUAUCAGCUCCACCCAAGAGCAGAGCCAGUCUCCUUAUAAGCAAAGUCAUGAAUCAGCUUCCAGUUCAGGAGACUGAGACAUCCUCAGCCACCUCGCUGCCUGCUAAGCUGGAGCUGUCGCCCCUGCGUGAGCAGUCUGCCUGCUGUCCGCCCCCAGCAUCGCCCACUUCACACAGCGGCAGGCAAGCAGAGCAAGAGGAAGAGGGAACCGCUCACACCAUCUCUCUCACUCCUGCAUCCAGCAGCUGCAGGGCUACGUACACAAACCUGGGCCAGUCCAGGGCCAACAUGAUCCCUGUAAAACAUCCCAGACAUCCUAAAACAUCUGAUGACACUUCAGCCUCUGACCCAGAGGUCAGCGAACCCACCUCUAAAGCCACCCCUCCGCCCCUGCCCAAAAAGUCAGUCCCACGUGUUCAUACAGAACCAUCUGCUCUAGGUAGAGAACUCGCAGCCCCGCGGCCCAAAGGAGAGGCAAAACCAGGCGGAACCAGUCUGAGUGUCGCCAAUCCACUCUACGAUCUUGAGUCCACAUGGGAUACGGCCAGUCAAAGUUCCUCGCUUAGCUCAGAGGCACGACAUCCUGAUGAAUCUGGAGAUUCCCUGGAGCGUCCCACAGGUGGGCGGAGCCUGUCCUGUCUGACCAAUAGCAGCUUCAUGCAGGCUUGUGAUCGUCGUGGCUACCGCAGUACAGAAAGUCUAACGGCCAGGACGCGAGGGGCUGGGAGGCCCGCUAAAGCACAGAAACAGGUGGUUUAUAGAGGGAUGGAGAGCUGGGAGGAAGUGGUCGGGAGAAUUCGAGGGCUGCACACGGAUACGUUACGCAAACUGGCAUCAAGAUGUGAAGAUCGAUUCAUGGCUGGACAAAAAGAUCACUUGCGCUUUGGGACGGACAGCUGGUCUCACUUUCGGCUGACUGCAGGAAAACCGUGUUGUGAGGCAGGAGAUGCCGUUUACUACAUGGCAUCUUUUGCCAAAGAACCUCUGAUGAACUAUGCUGUCAAGAUCUGUAGAGGUGUGGUGAAGGAGACACAGCAGCAGUUUUUUCACAGUCUGGCAGUUCGACAGAGUAUUGCCGUCCACUUCAACAUCCAGCAGGACUGCGGCCACUUCCUGGCAGACGUUCCAGCCCGCCUGCUGCCCUGGGAGAAAGAAGAGGACAGAGAUGAUGAGAGAGGCAGUACGGAAAGAGGAGAGGAGGCAAAAGCAAAGGAGGAUCAUGCCGAGGCAGCAGGUGGCAAACUGUGCAGCCGAGUUGUGGUGAUCACACGUGAGGUGCCAUUUCAGACGGUGGCUGAUUUUGUACGUGAGGGCGUAGAGCGUCACUCACGAAACCCUGAGCUGUACGAACGUCAAGUGUGUCUGCUGCUACUGCAGUUGUGUGCGGGACUAGAGCACAUGAAACCUUACCAUGUCACGCACUGCGACCUGCGACUUGAGAACCUCCUACUGGUGCACUCCCAGCCCAGCAACCCCUGGAACCUGGAGUCGCUGGAACCCAACAACAACGCUGCAUCUGGACCGUCCUCUGCAGCUGCUUCUGCUUGCCCCGCCCGUCUCAUCAUCAGCAACUUCUCUCAGGCCAAACUAAAGAACGUGGUGCUGGAACCCGCUUCGAUCCGAGACCAGUCCCGUCUUGCUCCUGAGCUUCUCUCUGCCACUCAGUAUCGCAAAUGUGAUGAAUUCCAGACCGGGAUACUGAUCUAUGAAAUGCUGCAUCGGCCAAACCCAUUUGAUGAAAGUCCGCAACUCAAAGAGAGAGAAUACUGCAGCUCUGAUUUACCCCAGUUUCCCUUGCGUUCCCUCUACUCGAACGGCCUUCAACAGCUCGCAGCAUUGCUGCUCAACCCCAACCCUUCCGAGCGCAUCCUGAUGGCAGACGCCCGGGCAUGUCUACAGUGUCUACUUUGGGGUCCACGAGAAGAUCUGUUCAAUUCGUUGAACCCUGGUGCCGGGCCUGUCCAACGCCACGUUGUCCUACAGAACUGGUUGGACCUGAAGCGAACGCUGAUGAUGAUCAAAUUUGCUGAGCGUUCUUUGGACUCGGGUUGUGGCGUGAGUCUCGAGGACUGGUUGUGCUGUCAGUAUCUGGCCUUCGCUACCACAGAGUCUCUCAGCAGAGUGAUCAAAAUCCUGCAGCAACCACAGGGCGUGCUUAUCUGAUCGCAGCCAAUCCCGCCGCAGAAUGACGUUGCAAUGGAGCGCAACAGUGCCCGCCCACAUUUUCAGGCAAUUUAGUUCCAAAAUAUUUCUUCCAUGCAAAAACAACCAGCUCCAAGGUGAAUUACAACAUUCCAAUUUUGCUUUUAAGCAAAAAAGUAUUUGAAAAUCGGACAUAAAGACAAAGUUAUAAGACUGUGUAUUUAACGUCUUUCAUGAGGGCAUGAACUACAAUCCCAUGAAGUAUUGCAAAUGAUGCAAUCAAAUUUAAAACCAUUGAAAAAUAUAAAACAUCAACCGAAGCAUAUUGCUCGAUUAACAAUCUCGGAGUUCAUGUUAGGUCUGUAUUUAAAGAUUUAUAAGUUAUUGUUAAAAAAACCAAUUAGCCUAUCGAGACAAUGAAUGGCAUGUUUACUUCCGGAACCUGACUGUUGCGCUCUGUAGUGACCAAUGAACUCUGUGGCACAGGCUGGGACAUGUGCACACGUGCGCUGUACAGAUGUGUGAGGUUUUUUUAAUAAUUUUAAUUUGUUAUUGAAUGUGUUUGCAUUUGGUUUACCGUGCAGAGUAAACAUGAGUCAAAACAAACCAGUUUACAAGAUGAAAAGUGGCAACGUGAAGUCAUAUUUACAGAUAAUGGCACAUUUAUAGAGCUGCUUUUUUGAACAAAGUAAAACUGCAUAAAUUUUGUGUGUAUGUGUGCGUGUUGUGGGUUUUCUGGCGGUGUGUUUAGUUUGGCUUUUGACUCUGCUGUAGGGACUCGUGAAUAUAUCAGCAGUAAACCACUGAUCCGACAUCAGCUGUAUCAAGAUUCCAGUCACUCAUUAAAUUCAGAUUAUAGAAAUACAGUAACUGUAACAUAUUACAGUGUGUUUAAGGGCCUAAGGUGUCACUGCAAGAUAGUGUACGUCUGUGGAGAAAAACGAACAUUAGUUCACUGAAUGAAUAAAUGAAUGGAUUUGAAUUUAUAACAUGCCUUACUUUAUAUAUCUAUAUGUGUGUGUGUUUGUGUGAGAAAGAGAAACAAGGACGGAAACAAACUUUCAUCAGUCAUUUCACUCAUAUGUUGUUAUAUCAGGAUCUGAUCGAAUCAUACAGAUUAGUUUGAGGUUACAGAUUAGAUUAAGAUAUUUUUCUACCAUAACAAGAGCACUGUAAAGUUUACCAAAGACUAAACACUCUGAAAAACACAGAACAAAAGAUAUUUUUCAUUUUACAUAAUCAAGAAGAAUAUUCUAAUAAUCUCCCUCAUAAAGAAAGUGUCCUUAUGCAACUACAAUAAAUGCAGUUUGGUUCUUAGACGAGCAUUCGAAUCAUAGAGAUUGGAAGGCGCUGAACUGAUCAAACUAGAGUCACUCCAGAUUAUGAUCGUAGUGUCCACACCUGCAGAAAUUGAACAUUUUUAGGACAACCCAAACCCUGACCUUAUGACCUUGCCGGAAUGUCAUUAGGCAUUCUGGACAUUUGUGAAUCCUUUCUUUGAUUUAUGUGCAAUCAUUAAAUAGUGUUCAUUUUGUUACAGUAUUUUAAGAUACAGUAUAUUUAAUGCACUUGAUAUUCUCAGCAUGGUGUUAUUCUUUUAUCUUCCUGCUUCAGUUUGGCACAUAAUUAACGAGAGCGAGAGCUCAUAGAUCAAACCCCAGGAGGUGUGAGAGUGUAUGUAAGGAUAUUUGAUGGAGUGAGAAGCAUUAGUCUGAAGCAGUCAUAUUAUUUUAUACUAUAGUUUGUGUUCGAGCAUGUAGAUAGACCACCCACAGCAGGUUGUUUGGAUAUUUACAGAAGAAAAAGGUAUUUCAUGAUUGAUGGUGCAUUAGAAAUGGUUCAUGUGAGGUCAUUGGAUUGUCUCUGUCAGUCAUAAAAGGAGAGCGGGACCAUUAGUUUACACCCAAUAGCGCAUCUUCCAUUUCCAAAGCGGCAGUUCCAGUUCCAUCAAUUUGUUAAAAAGAAGCAAACAUAUUGUGUGUGUGUGUGUGUGAGAGAGAAUAUGGUGUGUGUUGUGCUGAAUGUUUGCGGGUCACAGCGUAGGCUUGUUUUUGGUAGUCAGAGAGCAAUAUAUUUGUAUAUAAUAAUUUGAGUUUAUUGAAAACUAUAAAGAUCAUUACAGGAGUUUUAACUUGAUGAAAGUGUCAGCAGAUGUCUGUAACCUGGAGAAAGUGUGUGCAUUUGUGAGAGAACGUUUGUGUUUUUGCUCAUCCACCUUCAGUUUAUCUGAUUUUAUUCAAUCAACAUCAUUUCACAGAAAUUAUGUAUUUACUGUUAUUUACAAAUGUUUAUUGCCAGUGAUGAUUUCACAACUGCUUUUUACCUACAUGCAUAUCUCAUGGUAUUUAGCUCUCCAUUACUGAGUUAACUGCUCAUAAUAUAAUAUGAAUGUUUUUAAACCAAGUGUUUUUGUGUUCCCUAUAAAGUGUAUGUUAAAAUCCUGCUGUUUUUGUGUAUUGCCUCUAGAGGGUGCAGAAAUCACCCAUGCUUAUGCAAUAUGGACCUACACUUCACUCUCCAAGUGUGUAAUCUGAUGCCCGCUGUGUCAUUUCCUCAUGUCUCAGCAUUUUUAUGAUUCACACCUCCAAAACACACACUAUGACUGUUCUUGCAUCUGUUAAAGGAAUAUUCCAGGCUCAACAAACAGCAUUUGUGGCAUAAUGUUGAUUACCACAAAAUAUCAUUUAAAAUAAGAAUAUUAAAAAGCAAAAAUCGAGGUUACAGUGAGGCACUUACAAUGGAAGUUAAUGGGGCCAAUUUUUGGAGGGUUUAAAGGCAGAAAUGUGAAGCAAUGUAUAAUUUUAUAAAAGCACUUACAUUAAUUCUUCUGUUAAAACUUGUGUAUUAUUUGAGCUGUAAAGUUGUUUAAAUCAUUUUAAUGGUUGUUUUUAGGGUUUAUGUCGUCUUGUCAAAAAGUUGUAAAAUUGGAUAAAACUUUACACGGAAAAGGUUAGUAAGUGAUUUUAUCACACUAAAAUCAUGUUAACACACAUAUUGUUUAUGUCUUGUGGGUAUACUUUAGAAAC